AUGUGCUCAAAGCCUGUGCCUCGAGAGCCCCUGCGCCGCGUGGCGGUGACCGGAGGCACCCAUGGCAAUGAGAUGUCUGGCGUCUGCCUGGCCCGGUACUGGAUGCAGGCCCCAGGGGAGCUGCAGAGACCCAGCUUCUCCGCCAUGCCCCUGCUGGCCAACCCCGCGGCCACGGCCGCCUGCCGCCGCUAUGUGGGCCGGGACCUCAACCGCACCUUCACCAGCGCCUUCCUCACUGCCAAGGCACACCCAGAUGACCCAUACGAGGUGACAAGGGCCCGAGAGCUGAACCAGCUGCUGGGACCCAAGGCCUCGGGCCAGGCCUUUGACUUCAUACUGGACCUGCACAACACCACGGCCAACAUGGGCACCUGCCUCAUCGUGGAUUCCACCCACAACGUCUUUGCCAUGCACCUGUGCCGCCACCUACAGCUGCAGAGCCCGGAGCUGCCCUGCCGGGUCAUCCUGUACCAGUUGACAGGAGAAGAGAGUUACAGCCUGAACUCGGUGGCCAAGAAUGGAAUGGCCCUGGAGCUGGGCCCCCAGCCUCAGGGAGUGCUGCGGGCUGACCUUUUCACCAGGAUGAGGGCCCUGGUGGCCGCAGCUCUGGACUUCAUCCAGCUCUUCAACCAGGACGCAGCUUUUCCUGCCUUUGAGAUGGAGGCCUACAGAACCCUGGGCAGUGUGGACUUCCCACGCACGGAGGCCGGGGACCUGGCAGGCACUGUGCAUCCUCAGCUGCAGGACCGAGACUUAGAGCCGCUGCGGCCCGGGGCACCCAUCUUCCAGAUGUUCAACGGCGAAGACGUGCUCUACAAAGGGGCGUCCACCGUGUACCCCAUGUUCAUCAACGAGGCCGCCUACUACGAGAAGGGCAUUGCCUUCUUCCAGACGGAGAAGCUCAUGUUCUCCGUGCCCGCCCUGCCCGCGCUGGCCCCCGCCCCCGGCCCGGCUCCCUAA